AUGUAUAGAUUAAAGCACAACAAUACUACUGCACCAUUAUCACAAUCACAAAAAAAUGUUAAAAAUAAAAAUAAAAAAUCAGGAGAAAUAAACAAGAAAGUAACUACAUCAAAAUUACAUGUUAUUUAUAAUACAACAAAAGCUCAACCAUCAACAAAUUCACAAAUAAUUAUUUCAAAAAGCAACAAAAAUUCUUCACAUAAUUCUACUAAAAAUAAUAAUAAUAUAACGAUAACAACAACUUCAUCAACAGCAUCUAAAUUAAAUGAAUCAUAUUUUAUUCCUAAUAUUUUUAAUGAUAUUGGAAUGAAUGACAAUAAUGAUGAUAUUGAUACACAAGAACAUGGACAAGAACAAGAUGAUAUAUCAUUGAAUGAAAGUUAUGAUGUUGAUAUAUAUAGUAAACUGAUAUCUCGUGCUGAACAACAUCCAACAAUACCAUUAUCACCAUCUAAUUUACAUGUUUGUCAAGGUACAACAAUAACAACAACAGCACGUAGAAUUAUUAGAAAAUUAUUUCCAUUUGAAAUUAUGAAAAAACAUGAUUUUAAACGAAGUAGUUUAAGUGAUGAAGAACUAGAAAAAAUUAUACAUGAAUAUGUUCAAAUAAAACAUAAUGAAGAAGUUGAUAAAGUCAAAUUUCGACGAAGUUUAGCUGAUAUGUUAUGUCAAAUAAAAAAUGAAUCAAAAAAGAAAUCUGAAAAACAACAAUCAAAAGAACAAACGAAUGAAAAUUCUGAUAAUAAUCAGUCAAUUACACAUCGAAGUCGUCGCAGUAGUAAUAGUGAUUUUUAA